AUAGCAUAGAGAUGCUCCUACCAUGAACUCUUCUGCGCGCCGUCCGCCAAAAUCGUGUCUUCGAUGCCGAGACCACCACCUUCGAUGUGAUGGAGCGAUUCCCUGCGAGUCUUGCUGCAAAGCUAGAGCGAAGUGUGAGCCGACUACAUCGACAUAUCGGUUUCGAUCAGCGCCUCGCCAUAAACGAACCUACGAGUUUUCGCCGGGCCAGCAAUGGGUCAACUCCAAAGCUCCUGGCCGUCUCGCGUACGUUGACAUGACACCUGGGCUGCACCAGAAGCAGAAGCAGAAAAGUCAGAGCUCGUCCCCGUUGCCUGGAGACGGCCCAGGAGGACAGGAAAGCACAAGAUCCUAUACACAGCACGAGGUGUUUGAAUCCACGUCGGGUCAACAUGUUGAAAACCAAACUAUAGUUCAUCAAGAACCAGGCCAGUUGAGGAGUAAUCCACGAGAUGGGAAUCCAACACCGAGAAACAGCCGGCCCCCCGAUUCCAUGACACCUGAAGCACUGUCAAUCCCGUCCAAUCGCAUGUCUAAAGCUCCUUUAUAUGACCUGCCCUCGAGUAACUCUGAAAUCUCGUAUCUCUCUCUGGAAGAAGCCUGUCUUAUCCGCCACUUUGCUGAAAACCUCGCACCUUGGUUUGAUACAAGUGACAGGGACCGUCACUUUGCACUCUUCGUCCCAGAGCGGGCCAUGCAUUGCCCCGUUCUGCGUUAUGCCGUGUUUACUGCCUCGGCGGGUCAUUUAACUCGACUUGCGUGCUGCCGAGGACAAGCUACCGACGAAAUCAACUUCAACGGGAUCCCAAUGCCAGCCCUGACCCCCGAUGCCGCGAUUCGAUAUCACGAUAUUUGCAUCUCACAUCUGAUUGAAAUAUCCAGGGACCCGGCGGAAGAGUAUAACGAAGACGUGUUGACCGCUGCUACGAUACUUCGCUUUUACGAGCAAAUAGAUGAUCCUAUGAUCGGCAACUCCGACACAUACCUGAAUGCUAUCCAGUUUAUUGUAAACACUCAGCAGAACGAAUCCUUCUACGCCUACCAGACAAUCCAAGGACCUCUCCGAGACCCCGACGUUCAUGCUAUGCCGUCUGCAUCACUACGUCACUCCGCCUGUCUGAGUAUCCUUCGGCAGGAGAUCUGGAACGCUUUUCUCAAUCGCCGUCCCUUUCGUUUUCCGGUUUCUCGUGAGAAUAACUAUGAUAUCGCCGAUAUAGCCAAUGACUUUGUCUGGACCAAUCGAGUCAUGGUUUGGGUUGCCGACCUCCUAAUCUUCUGCUUUGGCAAGUACCCGUUGAUGGGCUUUGAGGAGCGCAUGGAGCGGUGGACUAUCCUGAAGUCUGUUGAACAAAGAUGGGACACGUCCAAGCCACCCGCGUUCAAGCCAAUUUUCUACCGCGACCGCGAUGCUUCCAGCGGAAAGCAUUUCCCGGAAAUCUGGCACAUGAAUGCGUGCCAGGUAGCUGGCGCGCAGCAUGUGGAGCUAGGGCGCAUCUUGCUGGCUACGUCAGACCCGCGACAGUCCUCCGCCUUUGGGAUCAACGCCGUCUCCAGGACCUAUGGUCUAGCAGCGGAGCUUCGCACAAUUACGCGGCGGCUAUGUGGUUUGGCCGUAUCCAACGGGAAGUGCCCGGCAGCUUCUGUCACGGCAAUGGUAGGAAUCUCCAUCUGUGGGGAGUAUUUCACAGACUCUGAGGAGCAGCAGGCAAUUGUCCGGUUAUUGAAUGAGCUGGAAUAUGACCACGCAUGGCCGACGGCAAGAACCGUCGGGCAGCUGAGAAGGGCGUGGGAACAGACUUCGUGA